AUGAAGCGACAGGGAAGUAUUUUACCCGGUAAAUCUCGUGUUUAUUGCCAAUGGGAUUCACAGAUGGACAAGAUUUUAAGUCGGGUGUUACUGGAUCAAAUAGUUCAAGGAAAUAAGGGCGAUGGAGACUGGAAGACGCAAGCAUACCAAGCAGUUGUGGAUCAACUUCGCACUGACUUGGAAAUCAAUGUGACUAGAGAUAAUAUCCAGAAUCGACUUCGAGCAUGGAAGAAACGCUAUGCAGUGAUAGCUGAUGUUCAAAAGCGAAGCGAAUUGAACUUGUGGGAUGAAGAUAAGAAGAUGAUCGUAGUUACAGCUGGUAAUAUGAGGAUUGGCUAUCUUACUGCAAUAGCUGUGGGAGAUGGGGCAGAGCAUUAUUCAGAAGCUAAUGCAUCCAUGGGUGAUGAAGAUGACAUGGAGGACGCCGGAUCAUCAUCUACUUUUGCCAACUCGAGUGCACAUGACUCAAAAUCUCAAGGGAAGAAGCCUAUUGGUGAAGUCAGUUCUGAAUUGCGAAAGAGAGCUAAGAAGGACAGUCAAGUUGGGAUGCAUUGUAUAUGGUAG